GGUGACCUGAGCAGGAACAGGGUUGAUGGGAUCCCAGCCAUGUGUUCUCAGUGUCUAAACACUCAGUGAGCAGCGCUGACAUGUCCACCCAACAGAAGGAGCUCACACAGACACCUCUGCUCAAGAUAUGGGUGCCCUGGAUGAGUGGUUCACUAGGCCAGAGGAGAGGCUCUUCGAGGCCCCAGUUUACAAACUGUCCCACGAUGAUUGUGAUGGUUGGACUACCAGCAAGGGGAAAGACCUACAUCUCCAAAAAGUUAACCCGGUAUUUAAAUUGGAUUGGAGUCCCAACUCAAGUCUUUAAUUUGGGUCAGUAUCGAAGAGAGGUUGUGCAGACAUACAAGAACUAUGAAUUCUUCCGUCCAGACAAUGAGGAGGCCAUGACAAUCCGCAGAUCCUGUGCCGCAAGUGCUCUCAAGGACAUUGGCAAUUACUUUGCCAAGGAGCAGGGACAAGUAGCAGUGUUUGAUGCUACCAACACCACAAGGGACAGAAGAGGGGUCAUCAUCAGUUUUGCCAAGGAGAGAGGCUACAAGGUGUUUUUCAUUGAGUCGAUUUGUGAUGACCCAGAAAUUAUCGAGGCAAAUAUAAUGCAAGUAAAAUUGAGCAGCCCAGAUUAUGAAAACUACGACAAAGAAGAAGCACUGGUGGACUUUCUGAAGCGCAUAGAUUGUUACAAAGUUUCAUAUGUGCCCCUGGAUGAUGAAAAAGACAGUCACCUUUCCUACAUUAAGAUCUUCAACGUAGGAUCCAGGUACCUUGUGAAUCGGGUUCAGGAUCACAUUCAGAGUCGUAUAGUCUAUUACCUCAUGAACAUCCACGUCACGCCACGAUCCAUUUACCUUAGCCGCCAUGGAGAGAGUGAGCUCAACCUGCUGGGAAGAAUUGGUGGAGACUCAGGCCUCUCUUCACAAGGCCAGAAGUAUGCUAAGGCCCUCUCAGAGUUCAUCAGAGGUCAGUCCAUCAAGGAGCUGAAGGUGUGGACGAGCCACAUGAAAAGAACCAUACAGACAGCAGAGGCACUGGGCGUCCCGUAUGAACAGUGGAAGGCACUGAAUGAAAUCGAUGCUGGUGUUUGCGAGGAAAUGACGUACGAGGAGAUUCAGGAAGCCCAUCCUGAAGAGUUUGCCUUAAGAGACCAGGAUAAGUACCGUUACCGAUAUCCAAAGGGUGAGUCAUAUGAGGACCUGGUGCACCGUCUCGAGCCAGUCAUAAUGGAGCUUGAGAGACAGGAGAAUGUGCUGGUCAUCUGCCAUCAGGCAGUCAUGCGUUGUCUGCUGGCCUACUUUCUGGACAAAAGUGCAGAUAGUCUUCCAUAUCUGAAGUGUCCUCUGCAUACUGUUCUCAAACUGACUCCAUUAGCUUAUGGAUGUAAAGUGGAGUCCUUCUAUUUAAACAUCCAAGCGGUGAACACUCACAGAGACAAACCCAUUAAUGUGAAUAUCACUAGACAGCCAGAAGAAGCUCUCACGACUGUUCCUGAACAUCUAUAAUCACAACCACAACAAAAAAUCUUGCCAUUUUGCACAAUUAGGUGACAUGUAAAGUGUAUGUUGUCUUUAUAAGUAACAAUGUGGGAUGAAGAAUUUUAAAGAACAUAAGCAUUUGUUUUAAUUGAGAUUAACAAGAAUUACAAACAGAGUGGGAUCCAAAUGAGACCACAUCUGGGACUUUUAUUUUUUAACUGAUCAAUAUAAAACAAAACUAUGGAAGCAAAAAUAAUGCCAUUAAACCUUUUGUUUUAUAUUACAAAA